GAACUGGCACUCAAAUUGGAACUGCAUGAUGACGAAGCCAAGCAAAAAGUGGUUAGGACAGUCUCUGUCCUCUCAGGGGUUGAUACGAUUGGCAUGGACAACGAGGAGAAGAAAUUGAAAGCAACAGGAGACAUUGAUCAUGAAUAUUCUCCUCCAAUGCUAACAAAUUAUGCUAGAGUUGUUGCAAUCAAUCCAACAACCCAAUGUGUUAUUUGCUAA